CGUCAUUCCCUGGAACCUAGGGACUUCCUCUCUCUGCUUGUCUGGGUCAACUUGUCUGUCCAUCGCUGGCCCAUCGCUCCCUGGCCCUCUCUCUCACUCUCAGCAGCUGUCUCUCACAGGCCCACUGCCCUGCCUUUUCUUUCCCGCUAUUGCCUCCUGCUCCGCCUGCCUGGGUGGCCGCCAUGGGUCGGAAGCGGCUCAUCACUGACUCCUACCCUGUUGUGAAGAAGAGGGAGGGGCCGCCUGGGCACAGCAAGGGGGAGCUGGCACCGGAGCUAGGGGAAGACAUCCAGACCCUCAGCCAGGAGGAAGCAGAGCUGGAGCUGCUGAGGCAGUUUGACCUGGCCUGGCAGUAUGGGCCUUGCACAGGUAUUACACGGCUGCAGCGCUGGCAUCGGGCAGAACAGAUGGGCUUGAAGCCCCCCCUAGAAGUGCACCAGGUGCUGAAGACACACCCUGAAGACCCCCGUUUCCAGUGCAGCCUCUGGCAUCUCUACCCACUCUGAGGCACCACCUAGACUGUCCUUCCCUUGGCACCUCCUAGCCACCAAGAACUUGAGGACAGACAUCAUGACCAGCAGAUGCUGCUCUGCCCAGCUUGGCUCUGGAGAAACAGCAGGCUAACUUUGGAGGUCCUCCUGGAUCAGCCUCCAAACAACAGCUCCUGAAGCUCCUGGGUCCUGUACAGAUGAAGCCAAGUACCUCUAGGGCCUAAUCAUGACCACCAGAUUAGACCACCAGGUCAGACUCCCACACCCUCUCUGACCUAUGAUGUGGCAAAUCCAACACAGUCUGGCAUAAAGCAAGAUGUAGGCAGAUAAGCUAAAAGGCCCACCUCAUGCUGGGCAUCCAGCUGAGGGCAUAACUGCCUGAGCUCUUGAAUCAAGGAGCUCAUAAAGGCCUAUAAUAAAGUACUUUAAGCCUGAAAUCCUGA